AUGAACCAUGGCCACUUCUCACCGUACCUCUCCACCUACUUUGUUGAUUAUGCAUCGCCCCACCACUCCGUUUUCGCCACUCGGGCUCUCUUUCACGGCACCAUUGCUGAAGCACCGCCUAGAAACCUACACGUCGAAGAAGAAGAAGAAGAAGAAGCAGUAGCUAAAGUCCCUUGUGCAAAUAAUCCCCUUCCAACUCCAAACCCACCUCCUUCUCCUCUACAACCUCCUACUAGUAUGAUUGCCGCUGCUACUUGCUACCCUGAUCCAUUGCACGAGUGGCAACAGAAACCGAUCAGGAAGGGCUCGGUUUGGAUGCGCCGAUCCGACGCCAUAAAGCGAGAGAAAGAAAGAGAAGAAGAAGAAGAAGGAGGAGGAGACGACGAGGGGGCCCAAUUUACGCGACCGUGCGUCUUCCUCUCAUUCCCUAAAUCAUCCUCUGCCCGCUGCGGCGUUACCUCUUCCAAUGCGGCUCUCGAGUUUGACGAGUCGAAUCGGAAGUCAGAGAAGAGGACGACCGUGAUGAUCAAGAACAUACCCAACAAAUUCAGCCGGAAGAUGUUGAUCGAGAUGCUGGACGAUCACUGCAGCAAGGAGAACGCCAAGGAAUCUUUGAAAAAGGCGAAGGGAAAUGCCGCUCAAAAUGGCGACCCCAUCAACGUCCUCUGCGCGUACGACUUCGUGUAUCUGCCCAUGGAUUUCAGGAACCGGUGCAAUAAGGGGUACGCGUUCGUGAACUUCACCACGGCGGAGGCAGCGCGGAGGCUGUACGAACGGCUGAAAGGAUGCAAGUGGGACGUCUUCGACUCCAGGAAGAUCCUUCAUGUUUGCUUUGCCCGUAUCCAGGGGAAGAUAGCCCUAAUGGAGAACUUCUCGAACUCCUACUUCUGGUGCGACACCGAUGACUACCUCCCAGCCAUUUUCUCACCGCCACGUAACGGCUGCUCCACCUCUCUCUCACCUCCGGCUAUCAUCGGGAAACGGGCUACAUCACUGUCUCUGUGCCAUUAG